AUAUACUAUAUAUUACAUUUUGUGUUUUUUUCAGCAAAAAGAAAUAACAGUCCAUUUUAAUUAAUUUAAUUUUUUGAUUUUAAGUGAAGUGGCAGAUUUGUAAAUAAGAAAGAAAUGUAAUGGAUAAAUGUGUAAAUAAAAAGAAAUAUUUAAUCUGCUAUCCGUGUUUCCAAACAAUUCUCAUUUAAUCCGUUAUCCAAGUUUUCAAACGACAGAAUCUCAUUUAUUUUCAUUUAAUGAGAAAGAAUUACAGUGACUAAAUAUGUAAAUAAAAAAAAAUAUUUAAUCUCAUAUCUUUGUUUCCAAACAACUUUAAUUUAAUCUACUAUCUAAAUUUUCAAACAGUACCAAAAAGUACUUUAGUUUUAAUAAUAUAGAUGUAUUAAAUAUUGUGGAAUAAGUUUUGAUAGAACAAACCAUAUGAUGAACAAGUUCUAAUAAACAAAUACCAAAUGACAAUAUUUAAGGUAUAGAAUGAACCUUCUAAUCUUUGAUAAUCUAAUAGAAAAAAGAUAGUCUAAUAGAAAUUUAUUAAAAAAAUUGGAUGAAACCAUUUCAAAAUCUUGCGUUGCAUAAAAAGACUGUAUGAUAGGCUUAUCAUUUUUAUGUUUCGUAUACAGUGGAUGUGUUUUCAUUUAUGAAAAUGAUGAAAGCAUUUUUUUUCUUUCUACUUAUACUAAUGGCCCUAUUUUUCUUAGCUGUCGCUAUAAGUUGUGAUUGCAAUAGCGAUUUGCAUGUUAUCAAAUGUCACAAGUUGUUUGUUUUGUUGUGGCUUAUUAGUCAUAAUAUAAAUGCUUGAUCACUGAAUUUUUCAGCGAUCUUUUUUCUUUUUUGCAACUUCUGACUGAUGCUGCGUCACUGAUCGGAAGAUGCUACAACACAUAAAAGAACCUUUUUUUUUCUGAACAACCACAUAAAAGAACCUUUGCAGUCGUAAAGCCCGGAGAUCCAAAAAUUAUAAGCCCUUUAAAAGGUAAUGAUCGAGAGCUGAGACAGCAUACUCAUUCACCUGCAAAGGAAAAAACACCUGAACCUUCCUCACAAGUGAUAAACUCUCUUCCACCAUACCAUCGCCUCUUUCUUCUUCUUUCUAGGGCUUUCUUUUUCAUCUUUAACCGCUCAAGUUGUCGAGGUUCUUCCUUCUCUGCCAAUACGUGAUCCGCGGAGUUUCAAAGUUGUUACUUGUUAUACAUUAUUAGCUUCACUAAUGAAAAUUUCUUUUAUUACAUGAAAACUUAAAUAGGCCUUAGUAACUUUAGAAAGGCUUUGGCCCGAAAGUUGUUAUAUAUUAGCUUCACUAAUGCAUAAAGCCCAUAAUAUAUCUACCCGCGGCAAAUAUAGGAAAGACAAUCAAGUGACGCUGUAUAAGAAUCUUUUUACAAGAUUCAACAAAUUAAACGUUUACACGUGGUAUAAAAUGUUUGACUCUCUUUUGCCUCUGAAUUUACCCAAAACGACCAAAAACCCUUUGAAUACUGCAAGAUUUUUUUUAAUAAUUUUUAUUUAUCUCUCUGUUUUUCUCUGGUGCCGCCAUGGAUCUUCUUUGUUGGAGCUCGGUUUGUCUUUUGAUCCUUACGUUUUUAUCACCUAAAACACUAUCAAUGAGGUAUGAAGUUCAUUCUGGUCAGAUGAAAUGCAUAUCUGAGGAUAUUCACGCAAAAUCCAUGAGUGUUGGCAAAUACUUCAUCGUAAACCCUAACGAUGAACACCAUCCUCUCCCUGAUUCUCACAAAAUCAUCGUCCAGGUGAUGUCACCACAAGGGACGAUGUUGCACGAAGCCGAUAAUACGGAGUCUGGUCAGUUCUCGUUUACUGCAUCUGAGACCGGUAGUUACUUAGCGUGCAUCACCGCCGUCGAUCAUAAGCCGGAGACAACAUUGACCAUUGAUUUAGAUUGGAGGUCUGGUGUUCACUCCCAAGACUGGUCGAAAGUGGUGAAGAAGAGCCAAGUCGAAAUGAUGGAGUCCUCGGUUAAGAGUUUGUUAGACACUAUUGUUUCCAUCCACGAGGAGAUGUAUUAUCUACACGAAAGGGGAGAAGAAAUGCAUGAACUGAAUAGAUCCACAAACUCGAAGAUGGCGUUGUUGAGUUUCUUAUCGCUCGGGAUUUGUUUAUCGGUGGCUGGUUUUCAGUUUUGGCACUUGAAAACUUUCUUCGAGAAAAAGAAACUCAUCUGACUAGUACGUAUGCAUUCUGUGUUAAGACUAAGUACCAUUAUAAAGAAGUUAUAACUUUUGAAGUUUCGAGCAUAGAGGUGAAAACAUUUGAUGAUAAUGUUGAAACAAUCAUACAUGGAGAGUGCAAUUCUCAAGCUUUCUCCUUUUUCCCUCAAAACGAUUUUCUUCUUUCUGGAGUUUAUAAUAUUUUUAUCUUUGCUUUCUCA